UGUAGAUUAAACAUCUAUUAUAUUCUUUGCAGGAACAUUACUUCAUAUUACUGAAGCGAAUGAUCACAGGGAGGAUAAUAACAAAUCGCCCGUAUUAGAAAUGUUCCCUCCCAAUUCUGAGACAUUUAUGCUAGAACAAACAAAUCAAGAGUUUAAAUUAGCACCAACACCUGCUCAGCUUGGUAAAGCUCCUUUACAGAGAAGGCAGACAAUGGCUGCUUUUGGAAACAAGGAUGGCCAAGGAGACCAAGAUCUUUUACCAGCUCCAGCAAAUCCUAUACUCGAUGAAAAUAUUGAUUUAAUAUCUCCAUCGACAAAAAAGACGUUCUUUAAGAGAUCAGUGGAGGAUGGCAUGGAUAGGGUUCUGGAGCAAGUAAAUUUUGAACAAAAAUUUACGGCCUUGCCUCAGUUCAAACCAGAUGAAGGUCAGUCACCAAGUGCUAUUUCCAUACCGAGUCCAGGUGUCUUCUAUAAUAAGAAGAGAUCACAAUUAACUGCCACGCAUGGAGUUACCAUAGAAGAAGAAUCAGAAGCUGAAACACCACAAAGUAUUCCAAAAUCUGCCGCUUCCACUAAGUUAGUUAUAGGAAAUCAAUUUUUUGGACCAGAUUUCGAUAAUGUUAGGGCUGAAUUGAAUGAAAUGGAAGAAGGUACAUCCCCACGAACACCGCGAACGCCAGGGACGUCGAGAGAUUCUGAAAAGGGUCAUAGGAAAACUUUGGAACAACGUCGUCAAUUAGUGAUGCAGUUGUUUCAUGAACAAUCUUUUUUUCCUUCUUCCCAAGCAACCUCUACAUUUCAAGCCCAACAUUCGGAUAUAUUUCCAAAUAAAGCGAGUUUGCAAUUAAAGAUUCGCGAAGUGCGUCAAAAAAUUAUGGCACAAAAUUCCCUUACACCCUCUAGUGUAAGUAGUCCCCUAACCCCCGCUGAACCUGUUAGAGUUUCAUCAAAUAGUUAG